AGAUUUCUGGAAGUUGCCAGAAGAAUGUCAGGGUCAACAGUGGUUCAAGGUCCGUUCUCCAUUGGCUUUGCCGAGGUGGAAUAGUUUCUCUGAAGUUGCAACAUGUGGUUGUCUUGGACUUCAGCAUCUCUCGCCUUCCAGUCGUUUUUAAUCGCAGCAAGCGCUUUGGAGUGGUCUUCUUCUCCUAGAGUCGGUGAAGUCACCAACGCAUGCGCAGGAAGUGACGUCUCCAUCCCAUGGUCCUUCACGAGUGAUACACCUGAAACCAUCUUGGAUGUUACUUGGUAUUCUGAGCGCAGCAAGGAAAACCAGACUGUCCUCGCUACCUUCAUCAGCGGCCAGUUUUUCUCGUCGUCAACGACGAUUGUGCAGUACGUACCCAACGCCGGGCUUCUGCUGCGGGAUGUGAUGAUCAGCGAUGCGGGACUGUACACAGUGCGCGUGCAUGCGUACAACGCUAGUCACGUGACAGAAAGCAGUCGCUUCACUCAUGUUGAGAUCGCUGCUCCUCCAGCUGGAACACAGCUCCACGCGCAUCGCCGUCCUCUACCGGUGAAAGAUGACGUCACAGGCACUUGGCACGUGGUGCUGGAGUGUGGAGAGUUCACAGACCUGGGUCAGCCGUCAGUCAGGGUGCAAUGGCAGACACCUUCGGGAUCCGCUUAUCCCAGCUCCAGCUACCAGGAGGGUUAUUUCCUGUUAUCACUAAACACUUCAGCGGAGACUGGAAACUACUCGUGUUCCAUUCUGCACCAGAGUCCGGCAAGGCAAUGCCUAGCGAGUGAUUCCCCUUUGUUAGGGGAGGCCACUGUCUACGUGGACGGCGAUGACGUGCGGAUGACGCUGUUGGAAGCCAACGAGCAGCAGCUGUUUGAAGGGAUGUGGCAGGAGGACGAGGAUCUGGCGUCACAGCUCCGACGUUACCAGGAGCAGCUGCAGCAGCUGGACAGGCAGCAAGCCAGCGUUGAUAUGUUGCACCAGCCAGCCACGUGCCGAGACGUGCAGCGUUAUGACAACGACAGUGUCGUGCACGUCGUCUUCCAUGAAGGCACCAACAUCUCGGUGUACUGUGACCAGGUUACAGACGGCGGUGGAUGGAUGGUUAUUCAGCGGCGUCAAGAUGGCUCCGAAGAUUUCUACCGCAACUGGACAGACUAUAAACAAGGUUUUGGUAAUCUGAGGCGAGAGUUCUGGCUGGGGCUGGACAACAUGCACGUGCUGACAUCAGCCAGAAGGCACGAGCUGCGUGUGGACCUGGAGGACUUCGAUGGAAACCAGACCUUCGCCGUCUACAGCGGCUUCACGGUUGGGAAUGAAAGUACUGGCUUUAAGCUCCGAGUCGACAAUUUCACUGGUGGAGACGCAGGAGACAGUCUGAUGUACCACAAUGGGCAGGAGUUCGCCACAAAGGAUCACGGGAGGCCACGGGCUUUGACAUGUGCUCUCAAGUAUCACGGGGCGUGGUGGUACAACGACUGUUACAACUCCAAUCUCAACGGCGUCUACAUCACCAACGCGCCGCUGCCUCACUUGAAUGGGGUCACGUGGUUUACUUUCCGUCAAAGUUACAGAUCGCUGAAACGAGCGGAAAUGAAAAUACGACCUGUGUAACGGCAGCAGUUCGAAAAUUAAAAUGUUGUUUCUUGUGCAUUUUA